CAGCGGCUCGACGGUAUCUCGCGGCAAGUGCCCUCCUGCUCGGACACUCGUGGGAUCCUACCACAUUUUCGUGUGAACGUUCCAUACCCCCAGGGUAGGCUUGCUAUUACGGGUGCUGUGCUGUUCGAGGUCAGAGUUCUAGAAGAUACUGUGGUAGUUUCCCCGGAAAGCCAGCUUAUGAAGCAUUGGGCAUUGUUUCCUUUUGCUCGGGCGUGUCUGUGUUCGCUGAUAGUGAGGUCCAAUAUCACGAUCUUCUGUGUCCCAUUCUACAUGCUAACCGACCAACGUUCCGCGGCAUGGCUAUGGCGUGAAGCUCGCAAUGUCCCGGCUCUCUUAGAUGUUCUGAUACGUCCUCUACCUACAAAUCUAUCAUCCAUUGAAGGUUACAUCACGUUUAUUAAUACGAGGCACCACGAGGCGUUCCAAGGGCAAUCGACGGCGACGGUUCACUUUUCAUAGCGUUUCACGUCACCGCAGCCGCGGCGAUGGGUUACCGGUACAAUGCACGAGGAGACCGCCAGAAAUACGCUGCUGGCAUCUGUCAGAGCACGUCAUCGCGGUU